CCUCCCGCAGCUCCCUCAGGCGAUGCGGAGGCGCGGGGGGCGCGCACGCAGGCGCGUUCGCGCCGCUCCCCUCCCGCAGCCGCUCGCUCCGCACGGCGCCGAGUGCGCGCUCCCGCUGCCGCCCCCUGCGCGGCGACUCCUCAUCGCCGCCGAGGGGAUCCGCACCGAGGACACGACCCUAGGAACUGGAACGUAAAGAAGAGCUGUGCUGGGUGAAGGAUGCUCAGAGAUACCAUGAGGUCCUGGAGCGACAGCCAGUCAGACCUUUACAGCAGCGACCAAGAGGAGGAAGAACAGAUGAUUUUUGGAGAAAAUGAAGACGAUUUGGAAGAGAUGAUGGAUUUAAGUGACUUGCCUACCUCACUCUUUGCUUGCGGUGUUCCUGAAGCCGUGUUUGAGGUACAGGAAGAAAAGGAAAGAUUUGAAGCACUUUUCACAGUCUACGAUAAUCAAGUUACAUUCCAGUUGUUCAAAAGCUUCAGAAGAGUGAGGAUAAACUUCAGCAAUCCAGAGGCAGCAGCCAGAGCGCGGAUAGAGCUGCAUGAAACGGACUUCAGUGGGAAAAAGCUCAAGCUGUACUUUGCACAGGUGUCCAGCGAAAUAGGUGACAAGUCCUACCUGCUGCCUCCGCAACCCGUUAAACAGUUCCUGAUCUCACCUCCUGCUUCUCCACCGGUCGGAUGGAAACAGAGCGAAGACGCAACUCCCCUGAUAAACUACGACUUGCUUUGUGCCGUCUCCAAGUUGGGACCGGGGGAGAAGUACGAGCUCCACGCAGGAACAGAAUCAACUCCUAGUGUCGUUGUCCAUGUCUGUGAAAGUGAGACAGAAGAGGAGGAUGAAAUUAAAAAUCCCAAACAGAAGAUCAUGCAGACGAGGCGUCCAGAGCCGCCUGCAACCAUCCUGAAUGAACCUAAAGCGUUUGAUUGUACACUGGAGGUCGGGGGUACGAUGCACUGUUAAAUCGUGUGAUGCUCAAGGUAGUAUCAAAAAUCAGACACUUAAUGAGUACACGUGUUGAUGUCUGUACUGCUGCUAUAUGUUAUGUAUAGCGACAACAGAUUUUACUUGUAGUUGUCUCUCAUGUUCAAGACUUUUGGAUGCCAAUGCUCUGACAAGCACUUUAAUUUUAGGGACUAGUCCCCCAAGUGUAGCAAAUCCACCUGACUUGAAAUAGUGAAAAAUAGGAGGUCUGGUUGUGGGUUUGGUUUGGUUUUGUUUAAGGUGUUACCCUUUUCUUUCUACUGUACAGUCUGAUGUACCAAGUGCUGAAAUAAUACUUUACUGCUGCAAUUGGAUUCAAGAAAGCUGAUCUGUACUGGUACAGCAACUUCCAGUUAAUAUAGUGUUAAAUGCAAGUGAAACAUACUCUAUAGGCUAAAAUUCCCUCCCAGCUACUAAUCUCCCAAGGUGAUGAUUAAUCUUUCUUUUCAAGUAUGCGAUUUUUAUUUGACAUGAGGCACAAAUACAGGUAAGGAAUGAAAUUCAAGUAGUUUUGCUGACGACACAGAGAAGAAUAGGGGAGGAGGAACCACAGACCACGGAGGAGACGGACGCUGGGUCUGUCCCCAACACUUGUGCUGCUGCUGUCGCGAUGGUACACGGUGGGUUCGCACCAACACCGCGUUAGGAGUACAAUACACAGAGGGAAAUAGGGAUUCAGCUGUUUCACGUGUGGUCUCCGAUCCUUUCUGAAGAUACGGUAACGUUUAUUCCUAGAUGGCCUGCACCACAAACCAGUGACUGUUACGUUAGGACUCAAUUACGUUAACACCUAGGGUUAAUUUUUAAACUUCUCCAGUGUAUUUUGUAUUUUUUAAGGCAAUCAGUUGCCUGGCUUAGUUUCUAUGCAGUUUCAGCCCUUGUUUGCUGUUUUUCAUUCUGAUUUUUGCUGUGGGACAUCCCGUCUGCCUGAUAAAGCAUCAGCUGCUUUGGAGUCCGGGAUGCAUCUUUUAAAAUACAGAGCUUUGAUUUUGUGAUUGAAGCAUUUUAGUAGGGGGGAAAUACACCUCGGUAUAAUGACACAUGCUUCUAUGCUAUUUUAUAACCAGCCUUUUUUAGUCUAGACAGAUUGUUCUUUUUUCUAUAAAAUUAUUUGUGAACAAACCAGGCUGCUGAUGUUCAUAUAUAUAUAUAAAAAUCAUUCAGAAAUUGGCCGUUUUCAAAUUCAUUUUAGUGUGUUUCAGUUCUACGUGAUGUGUUUAUUGGAUUUUCCAAGGUGUUUUCACUUGAUUGACGGUGGAGAGAAAAAGUAACAGUGGUGAAUUAGCGUGAGCACGGUCGUUUCAUCUCCGUAUCGUGUCAGCUCGUGAUCCCUUCCUGCCAACAGCUUCAAGCUGCAAAAUGGGAUCCUGCAGGCAGGUCCUUGUUCAGAGGCAGGAAUAAUAUAUAUUAAAACAAAAGGAAAAUGGGUAUUUUCCAUCUUGCCUCCACAGGUAUGAUAUUUAUGUAUCUCUUCAGGUAUUAAACUCACUCAAAGUCUGACUCCUCUGUCUCACUGAUCCAUGUUAUUAAAGAAACAAAACCAAACUUGUACUGUCCGUCAGGCUUUAAAAAAUCCAGCAGUCCGCUUUGGAUUUUGUGUGCUGUUUGUAUUUUGUUAACGGUUUCAUUUCCAGCCCAUUGUAGAAGUUGCUGUAAGUAGGAAUAAGUGGAAAACCUUCAGAAACAGUUUUCUAAGGCGAAUCAAGCGAGCGGUGUUGUCAGCGUGUUUUGUGUAUGAUGUAUAACAACUUGCAUCCCAACAUCUUUCAUGGUGUAAAGACACAAUAAAACCAACGCAGUGCCAUUCA